UCAUAGAUUGUUUGUUUACCUCUCAGCUCAUGAUGAUUCAUUUUCACCAUUUUCUCCACAAUUCCUCCAACCCGUGUAGUUUUCGAAUUUAAUAGGUUCAUCGCACCCUUUAAACUUACGGUUGGCAUUUCCCUGUAUUUCAAGUAAAUACUUUACAUUAUGUAAGAAUUUCUCGUUGCCUUAGUGAAGUGAAGUUUUCUAACCUAACACCCAAAAUGGAUUCUAAUUUGAGUGAUUUGCACCCCGAUAAUAGGAUAAAGAAGCUGGCUGAGGAAGCCGAACCUCAAGUUGAUUUUACUAUUCCUGCUCGGAGGUAUUUUCGAUCAGGGAAGGAGAUGGUGCGUAUGGCAACUGUAUAUUAUGAUGAAGGCAAACUGGAAGAGGCAUAUAAAAUUUACUUGAGAUUUUCUAUAUUGUUUCUGGAUAAAAUUAAAGGCCACCCUGAGUUUAAUACCAAAAAUGAGGACUUUAAAGAUAUCAAGGAAAAACUACAAACUGCCAUACCCAGAGCUGAAGAACUGAAGAACAAACUUUUAAAGAAGUAUAAAAUUGAAUAUGAGGCCCACCUUCAAAACGUACAGCGGCAGAAGGAACAGCAACAACUGAAAGCACAACAGCGACCACAGCCAGUAGCCCCUCAGAUGAAACCUCAAUCAGCACCAGCAGAAAGAAGGCUCACUGCUGGGAAAUCUGACCUUUCUAACCAAGUAGCAAUUGUUCCUGCUCUCCCAGAUGACGACAUCCUCUACCCACCGCCCCUCACCGUUCAAGUGCCUUCAGAGAAACCACUUUUCGAUCGGUCCAACAAACCUGCCUCAUUACUGAAUUCCCAGCCUUUGAGGCAUGGUCUGCGGCCAGUCAUUGUUCCUGCAAAACUUAUCCAUGAGUUUCUAGUUCUGGCAGACAGGAACACAAUUAGCAAUAAAGAGACCUGUGGUAUCCUAGCGGGGAAACUUAGUCAGGACAAAUUAGUGAUAACUCAUCUACUGGUGCCCGAGCAAAAUGGUACGCCAGAUUCUUGUACAACGCAGAAUGAAGAAGCCCUAUUUGCAUUCCAAGACAAAUUUGAUCUUAUAACGUUAGGCUGGAUACAUACACAUCCUACGCAAACUGCAUUUUUAUCUAGUGUUGAUCUUCACACGCACUGUUCUUACCAAUUGAUGAUGCCUGAGGCACUAGCCAUCGUAUGUGCUCCACGCUAUGACAAUUAUCGUUGUUUUUGCUUAACUCAUGACUAUGGUCUGCGGUACAUCGCAAACUGUCCAAUUAAAAAUGGAUUUCAUCCUCAUCCCAGUGAACCCCCUCUGUUUAUGGAAGCAGAGCAUGCCAUUGUAGAUGACCAAUCGUUCAUACAUGUUGUUGACUUGCGGAAGUAGGCAUCUCUAUUUUUCUUUUGAUCGCACCUCUGAUCAUCCGUUUAUCCCUGCAGCCCUUAUCUUUUUGCAUUCUUAAAAGUUUUUUGUCACAUCUUUUUCUGUUCUGGAGCACUUUUAGACUUGUUGUUCAGAGGCAGAAGUUAAGCACGUUCUUUGAGCAAUUUUUAAACACAUGAAAAAGUAUUGGUUGAAGUCUACCCUGGACUGUCAAGUUAUUUAAUCCUCAUCAUCAAUCUAAUAAGAGACCUGAUCAUGAUCAUCUUAAAUGUUUUUCAAUUAGGGAGGCAGCGCAACGAAGCUAGUAUGUUUCAUUUCCGUAUGAUUUUCUGUGAUAUGAAUUAUGUAAUGAGUUGGUGAGCUGAUAUGAAUUACGUAAUUAAUUGGUGAGCUGAACAAUUCCUUUGAACAUUUCUGCCUUCAGUGAAAAGAAGUCCGAAAAGAAGUUGGAUUUUUAUUUGAAACUCUUUACUCCAAAUGUUUACAGGCCAUUGCGAAACCUUUAAGCUUUCAUAAAAAGUAGUUUACCUAUUUUUUAAUCAGGUUUUUAUCAUUGUAGACUUCUGAUCUGUUGAUGAAUGACAUGCUUUUCAACCAAUCGUAGGUUAGGUGUUUUUAAUGCAUUUUAGAUUGGCAAGAGUCAACCUCGCUUUUUUGAAAAUGCCACCGGUUCAUUUGAUUCUGUAUCUCUCAGUGUCAUUAAUAGAUUUUGUGUCGAAAAUAUUGCUCACUAUUAUAUUUUCACAUGAUCAGGAUUACGUAUUUACUCACAGCUUUAAUAUUUCAGAACAUAUUCACUGCAGAACGGAGGAAAGUUUAACUUUUGCCAAACAACAAAACACUGAAUUUAAACAGAUCAAUUUUUGAGUGUAAUUUACUUUUGUCAGUCAGAAAAUUGGUCGACAUUAAAUUAGAAAGAAUAAGUUGAAAAUCACAUCUAUUGUGUUUGUAAAGAAACAAAAAUCAUAAAAAGAAUAAAAAAUGGUUGGUCCAUUAAACCCAUCAUAUCGGCUCCUAAUGUAUUAGUGGGUGUAUUUUGAGCAUUGAGUUCAUCGUCAACCCCAAAAAAAAAGUUGACUUUGUUUCUAUUCAUUUAAGUUUUUUUUUUUGUUUCAAACCGUCAAUGAGCCUUAUACUUGCAAUGAACUUAUUUAAGCAAAAUCAAUUAAUAGUUUAUGAACUGGAUCUAAUGGCAAAAUUUUUCCUCAUUCUUUUUACGAUUUUUGUUGGAAAAAGAACCUACGUUUCAAUAGGUUAUUUGACACUCAUACAAUUUUGUAAUGAUGCAUUUAAGCUUUAUAAUUUGUUUGAGAUCAGGGGAAAGGUAAAAAAGUGAUGGCCUUCCCUUACUUUUACAGAAUACUUAAUUCACAUUCCAAUAUAAAUUAUAAAGAAGAGAGAAAACUUACCUUCUUUUGUUAAGUAUAUCCUAAUUUAGCUCACAAGGUUUGUUAACUAAUCAAAGCAAAUGGGCCAUUAGACAUGGUUCAAAAUUAAGCACCACCUAAUGUGAUUCCGUAUCACAUUAUUAUGCAGAAUAUGAUGGACUCAUUAAACCUUUCCAAAUGCAUUCACAAGUUAGAAGAUAACAAUUUUUGUCUUGGCUAAUUCAUACUUCCUGCUCACAAAGAAACCAAAGUCUUCGAGUCAAAUUAGGCAUUAAAUUAUUAUGGGUAUAUUUCACAAUCAAAGAAUUUUCCUGCGUACUGACUUUUUGUUUAAAAACAAAAGGUACCUUGCAUCACAAAAGGGAGGGAAUGUGUGUGAAAUCAAGAUGUAGAUAUUUGCCCAGCAUUAUAGUGAAAUUUCAAUGCCUAAUUUUGCCAAUGUUGACCAUGGUUUCUCAGCGAGUUGAAAGUUUGAACUUACUGUUUAUGAUGUAAACUAAACAGAUUUGUGAUACCCUCUCCUUACAUGCAGUUUAAAUUCAUUCAACUUCAGUUGUAUUCUGUAAUAUGUAUUUGAUUGAGCUUAGGAUUUAACAAACCGAUGUGAUGUUCAGUUUUAUCAGGAUGGUAGUUUUUUCGGAAUUAUAAUUCUAAUCUUCCAAUUAUGAUUAUUAGCACUACAUUUUGAAAUCCAGAGCUUCUUUUUUGCUUCUAACUGGGACAUUGCGGAAUUUUUUUCUUCAUAUUUUGAAUUCACUUGAGGAAAGUAAUUCAAAAUGAAAUCACAUUGCAUUUUUCUGUUCUGCGAUUAAUCAUAUGUACUUCAAAUUUUAAAAUCAACUGUUCCUGCACACAUCAGGGUUGACACAGAAAAGGAAUAUUAUUGGGAAGUGUUUGGAAAUUUUAAAAUCAAGAAAUACUAAACUCACUGGCAUGUAAGAUUUGAUCAUUAGCGAAUGCAUUUCGCUGGCCCUACCUCUGGUAUCCUCAGCGCAACUGGAAAUUUUAACUAGUCAGGAAAGACCUUGAACUCGAACAAAAAAAAUUUCUAUCACUCUUAUUUGGUUCCCAAACUGGGUUUGUCAUUUUGCAUGACAAAUUUUGAUUCAAAACUGUUCCAAAUUAUACCUUUGUAAUCAUCUGGCAUAUCUUUUAAUGUCAGGGGAAUGUCAAAGAAUUUCAUUUUCUAAAUUCUGUGGGAACCCUGCAGAAAUGUCAUUCAAUUUUUUUUGGGAAUCUUUUAGACUGGAUCAAAUGUUGGCGUAUAGACAUGAACGCAAGGGUAUGUUUUAAAAUCGUCAAAGGAAAUUUUUUUUAAAGAUCAGAUGCAAGAAGAAAAUUGGUUUUCUCUUCACAAAAUCUGCUCAGUCGUUGUUUAUCCAUACCAAAA